AUGGUCGAGCAACUCAGCGACGUCGGCGAGUGCGAGUCUCCUGCUGGCAACAUCGUUGAGGGCCGAGAGGGCGCGCGGUCCGUCGCGCAUCAGCAGAUAGCGCAACGAGGUCUCCAAGGUUUGUUUGAUGUGCCUGCUGACUGUCGCUGCUUCGCCGCUCCUGUGGAUGCUCUGGGCGGUCACGCUCUGGGCAGCGGUUCCGCUCGCACGCCGCUCAUGGCCGAUGCGGCCGUCACGCACGCGGAGCAUCAGGUGUCUCUCAACAUGGAGCCGCCCGUGGACCACAGGAGCCUUGAAUCCAGGCGUAUCAGGGCAUCGCUCCUCGAGGAGCGCCUGGCUCAAGAGCUGGACUAUCUCGACUGGGUGAAGGCGGACUCGAACGUCUUCUCGGAUGCCGUGGAGGCGCAGAGGCAGGUGGUCGAGUGCUACGUGGAA